AAGGGGAAGAAGAGGGGCGCGGGGGGGGGUCUCUAAAAUUGGGGGUCCCCCCCCGGCGUAAAGCCCCCCCCCGGCGGCGCCUUCGGGCGCUUUGGGCGCUUCGGAUGUUGCUUUUUGGCAAAGGAGGGGUUUGGGCUUUUCCAUGGAAAAGGGGGGGUCGGAAAAAGGGGGGGUCCCGACGCCGCCCCCUCCCGCCGCCAUCGCUCUCUCCCGACGAAGACGCCGUCGUGACGCCCACUCCGGCUCCGAUAUUUGGGGGGGGAACCCCUCACCAUCCCCUUCAUCCUCAUGCGGAGGAAUUGGGGGUCACCCCCACCCCCCCAGCGCUGGCGCUGCCCCCCCCGCCGCCGGCACCCCUCGUCACCCCCCCACACUUCGGGGAGAUGGAAUUUGGGGGGGACCCCGGGAUAGGGGGGGGCUUAGGGGGACCCCCCGGCCUUGGGGGGGAAGAAGGCCCCCUCCCCAAUGGCUUCGGCGUGGGGGGCCCCCCCAGUCCCCCCAGCGGCGGCGCCGCCCCCAUCCUGAUCAGCAACGUCUGCAGCGUCGCCGCGGGGGGCGGCGAGGAGGGGGACCCCGAGCCUGACCCCCCAAUCCGGGGGGGCCCCCAGAACAGCCCCCCCCUGCGAGAGGAGCACGUGACCUGCAUCCAGAGUGAGCGCGGGCGUCAGUAG